AUGUUGUGGGAAAGAAUCCAAGAAUACUCAGCGACGUUUGCAGGUGACUCUGGUGGCACAGCAACCCAAGACAACCGUGAAGAAUACCCAGCUUUUCGAAGAUACAAGUGGGAUGUUAAAUCAACGAUGACAACCUCCGCACGAUUUCGACCUCACAACUUGAAAGAAAAGGAAGUGAAACGCGAGAGUCGUUUCGAUGAAAUACCGCCGACUUACACACCUUGGUCUAAGCAUGACGUCAAGGACGCAGCGAACAGUCCCAGGCCCCCUUGUCGUGAAUUGCAACUGGAUGACGUAACAAGGAACCAAAGUUUCUUUGAUAACUCAACAAAAGUGGAACGUCCAUCAGCACUUUUUGAUUUGGAUUCUGCAGCACAAGCCUUGAGUAAUAUGGCUAAGAGAAAAGAAGAGCGCGUCGAAUAUCAAAGAAGAAUCGACUCCAUCCUACAGAUUGUAAAACGAAAAGGAAAGCGAACAAGAAAAACGAAGAACACGAAUUCUAACGCACGUAGACCGAUGAACGCGUUUAUGCUUUUUGCAAAACGUUACCGGCUCGAAAUCACGCAAAAACAUCCGGGAAAAGAUAACAGAGCCAUAAGUGUCAUUCUUGGUGAUGAGUGGCGAUCGCUGAGUUCAGAAGCGCGCAAAGUCUACAUCAUGGAGGCUAAAACUUUGGCCGAAGAACACAAGAGAAUUUAUCCGGACUGCUGGAAGCGCAAACGGACUCAAAUGUCCUCGAGAGGCAACAGAAAGCACUAGUUAGGAAAGUUGACGAAAUGUAUGUAUAUAUAAACAGCACAAUACCUACACCAACUAUAGCUAGUAUUUUUGGUUUCUCUAAAGAUAAGUUACGCACCUCAUCGUGACUUUAAGGCACACAUAAUGUAAAUAGAUAAAUUUCAACAAAAACGAAUGAAGUUGGACGUGGCUA